AUGAGCGACGUUACGCUCGACUCCAACAUCUUCUUCGACCGUGCGAAGAAGAUCUUCGAUGCCUGGGAGAACCCCUCGGGAGACACGCAGGAGCUUGGCGACGUCUCCGCCCUCCAGAUCUUCCUCGGCGAUGCCACGGACGACGCGCCGACGCUCAACAAGAGCGCUGCUCUGCAGAUUCUGCGUCGCCUGGAGCCUAAGAACGGCAUCGAGGUGGACGUUCGCGUGCGAGCGCCGAAGGACGAGUCUACUGCCAAUGUGCUGCCGGAUCUCGUUCUGGAGCUUGGUGACAGCAAGGUCGGCUACCUUCCCAAGGACAAGGCGACUGGACGCCUUGCGGACGAGUGGAACAAGGCCCGACAAGGACGACGACGAGAUCCCGCGCGUUUGACCUCCACCUGCAUGAACAACUACUUCAAGUCGAAGAUGGAGGCCCUUAUCGACCGCGGCACGGACAUCACGCACGAGAACUUCUCUCAGCUUGUUGAGGAGAAGAUUGGAAACGAUGAGAAGGGCGCCGACAUGAAGCUGUGGAACAAAAACUCAGAUCUCAAGGAUGUCGACUUUACCAACACUGACUGGGUUUACUCGCCUAUUAUCCAGUCCGGUGGCCAAUAUGACCUGAAGGUCUCCGCUUACUCGAACGAGAACAAGCUGAAGCCCGGCGUCAUUCUCUCGAGCCUGGGUAUCCGGUACAAGUCGUACAGUGCGAGCAUGGCCCGUACAUUCAUAAUCAGCCCGAGCCAGGAGGAGAACCUGAAGACGUUGCUUGACGUGCGCCUGUCGGUCGUCAAGUUAUUGAAGGACGGCGCCGUUGCCAAGGACGUCUACAACGAGGCUGCCAGCAUGCUGCAGGACCGUGGCCUCGGGGACGCUUUCGUCAAGAACAUUGGCUUUGCUUACCGCGAUAGCACCUUCCUCCUUGGUCCCAAGAAUGAGCGCAAGCUGAAGGAGAACAUGAUCCUGAUUGUCACGCUUGGUCUUGCCGACCUCAGCGACAAGAAGGGUAAAUACAGCCUUAUGCUUCAGGACACGGUCAAGGUCGGCGUCGAUGGCGGCUCUUUCCUCACGGAGGGUUGCACUCGUAUCGCGGAUGUUGUGAUGGAUUUCGACGACGAGGACGACGAGCCCGCGCCAGUGAAGGAGAAGAAGCCCGUCAGCAAGAGCUCGAACGGCAAGGUCGCUAAGGCUCCUGCCGCGUCAACUCGCGGUGCCAGCACGAAGCAGACGCGUGGUGCUCAGCGCGAGCAGAUUGAGUCGACGACUGCGCAGCGUAUCAAGGCGCACCAGUCUGAGCUCCACGCUCAGCGCAAGGCGGAUGGCCUGAAGAAAUGGGCCAACGGCGGUACGGGCAAGGGCAACGACAACGACAAGGUCGUCAAGCGCUAUGAGUCGUACCGACGAGAGGAGCAGUUGCCUCCCAACCUCCAGGAUCGACGAUCCAUCAUCCUGCCCGUCAACGGCUUCGCUACUCCUUUCCACAUCUCGACUGUGAAGAACGUGACCAAGGUCGAUGAGUCGGAUCAUAUCGCGCUCCGUAUCAACUUCCAAUCGCCGGGACAGAUUGCGGGCAAGAAGGAGGACAUGCCGUUCGAGGACCCCGACGCGACCUUCAUCCGGUCUAUGACUUUCCGUUCCAAGGACCACCGCCACAUGCUCAAGGUUUACGACGCGAUCAGCGGCCUGAAGAAGGCUGCCACGAAGCGCGAGGCCGAGCGAAAGGAGAUGGCAGACGUUAUUGAGCAGGAGAAGCUGAUUGAGAUCAAGGGUCGUCACCCGUACGUCCUCAAGAACGUCUUCCCUCGUCCUGCCACGGAGGGUAAGAAGUCAGACGGUAACGUCGAGAUUCACCAGAACGGUCUGCGUUUCCGCCCUGAUGGCCCCGGUGCUAAGAUCGACCUGCUGUUCAGCAACAUCAAGCACCUGUUCUUCCAGCCAUCCGAGAAGGAGCUUAUCGUGCUCCUUCACGUCCACCUGAAGGCACCCAUCAUGCUAGGCAAGAAGAAGACGUGGGAUGUGCAGUUCUUCCGCGAGGUGUCGGACAUGAACUUUGACGAGACGACGGGCAAGCGCCGCAAGGCUCGUUACGGAGACGAGGAUGAGAUCGAGCAGGAGCAGGAAGACCGCCGACGACGCCAGGAGCUCGACAAGGUGUUCCAGGUUUUCGCGAAGCGCGUUUCGGACGCGGCGCAGGCGCAGCAGUACGAGCUCGAGGUGGACGUGCCAUUCCGUGAGCUCGGCUUCAACGGUGUGCCGCACCGCACGAACGUGCUUCUCAUGCCCACGACCGACUGUCUCGUGCACCUGUCCGAGACGCCGUUCACUGUCAUCACGCUGUCCGAGGUGGAGAUUGUGCACUUUGAGCGUGUGCAGUUCGGCCUGAAGGCGUUCGACAUGGUCUUUGUCCUGAACGACUUCAAGAAGUCUCCGAUCGCGAUCAACUCGAUCCCCGUCGUGCACCUCGACAACGUCAAGGAAUGGCUCGAUAGCGUCGACAUCCCCAUCUCCGAGGGACCCGUGAACCUCUCGUGGCCCGCGAUCAUGAAGACGAUCAACGAGGACCCCUACGCGUUCUACAAGGAGGGCGGCUGGGAGUUCCUGACGGGCGACGGCAACAGCGACUCGGAGGACGAGUCGAGCGAGGGCUCCGUGUUCGAGGACGACGAGAGCGCCUUCGACGAGAGCUCGAGCGACAGCGACAGCGACGACUACUCGGACGAGGACAGCGACGACUCGGGCUCCGAGGCCGGCUUCUCGGACGAGAGCGGCGAGAGCUGGGACGCCCUCGAGCGCAAGGCGAAGAAGGCCGACGACAAGCGUCGCGACGCGGGCGACGACCUCAGCGACGACGACAGGAAGAAGAAGAAGGGCGGCCGUCGAUAA